AUGACCAAGCAAGUAUCAGAUGACGAACAUAUCGUGGGCACAACUUCUGCUGAAGCAGUCGACGGAACAAAGGUGAUCGCGGCCAGCUUGAGAGACCCCGGGACCGAAGCAAUACGCUGCGCCAAGGACACGAUCCUAGAAGGAUGCGUUACCCGUGAGCUACGACGAGCCGAGAUCUCCCUCGACCAUGAACGCCUCGAUCUUGCCGUCGAUCAUGUUCGAAAUGCCCGUGCAUAUUGCAAAGACUUCGAAGCAACAGAGCAAGUCUGGCGCUUGUGCCGCAACAUGGAGGCUCUCCUUCGCCAUUGGGCACUGCAAGAUAAGACUGUCUAUCUGACGGAGCCCACAAAGACACAUUCAAUACCUCUGCCCGAAGCGGCUGCACCUUUCUGCGCGCCUAGCGUACGCAUCGACAGUGACGUCUCUUUAUUCGCCAGAUUGAUGCGAGAAGUGCAACAACGAAAUGGCACCCCGGCUCCAGGCUCCCCAGUACAGGAGAGUCCCCAGCUGCCUCCGCCGCCUGCAAGGACAAGUCUGGACCAAGAAGCGGGUAUUCGCGACCCGGCUUCGUCUAGUUCAAGCGGUAGCUUCGAAGGCAUAGACGAAUUACUCCCACGUCUAAAAAGCAGUCCACUGGCACAAGCUCCUCGGCUCCGUCCAGAACCCGCAGUAUUUGAGCUUUCAACGACGAAUGCAGCCGCCAGAAUCAGUAAAUGGUAUGACAGCCAUCCACGAAGCCCGUCGUUAUUCAAGAACAGCGAAGUACCAUCACCGCGGCGCCACUCCUUCCCUAUCGCAAGCCCGGGCCUACCGCCAUCUCCAACUUCUCCAAGACACGAGAGAAAACGGUCACUUCACAUUCAUUUAAAUGUCCUGGCCGAGUCAGAGCCGCGAAGUCGUGCGGAGACGUUGGCAUCGACAGAUGACUCGGCCUCCAAUUAUUCGCAGAAGAAGUCUCAAGGUGAGAUGAGUACUGCACUCUCGGACACUCCUGCACUGACCAAAUUGGUCGAUGACUUACAGAGCAACCCAUUCGCGGCGCGGGAAAGUGCUGUUGCGCAAAUAGUCAGAAAACUAUCACUCGAAUCUCCUUCUGCUCUGGGCCCCGUUGACAGCUCCUCUGUGGAUAAUGAGCAUGGUGACGUCCUGCCACCAAGCCCACUUCGAGUAGCCUUUGGGCCCGAAGACCUGCCGACACAGCUCAACCAGGCACCUUCUCUCCAGCCACGAAGCCCCGCGAGCCAGAACACACCGCCCCCACUCCCGCUGCAGACACAUUCACGCUUGACACUCUCGUUACAACUCGGAGCUGGCAAUGCCGCUGGUUCGCCAACUCGAGCCAGCCCUCUCCGAGAAACAUCAUUCUUCCCAGAAUCUGGUCCGAAGGUGACCCGUCACAAACCACCGCCGCUAACUCGCAGAGCAGUCCCCCAUUCUCGGCUCCCACGUCCGAUGAAGCAGUCUAGUGGUCCCGUCACCGCCAGUAAUCCUGCCAUUUCAAGCUCCGCCGCAUCCUGGGCACCCACUUACGCCUUCACCUUGACCUCAUCUCCCCAAGCCAUCACAACACCUCCAGCCAAGUCAUUCAGACCUCCUCCAAAUCCACCGCUGGACACCAUUUCGCAACGCCGUCCUCUACCAGGCCAAUACGCCGCCAACAGCAGCCCUUCGACCCCCAGCACCCGCGCCCGCCGGAACGCUUCCAUCCGCGUCUCUAAGAUCGCGGCGCGUUUCGAGCAUGAACUGCGUCUUGGAAAACCGAAAACGGCAGGGAUCGAUACGCCCAAAGUCAGCCGUAACGUGCCGAAAGCGCAAGGGAGCGAUAUGUACAAACUCAGCCGCAGCGUGCCGAACGCCGAACGCCCGCCGUGGCAGAUACCGGGGAAUCAGGGCAGGCCACCGGUAGCCACCACGGCGCCGCAGAGACCUGCUGGGUUCGCGAGGUGGGCUUCUGAGAUGGGGGAGAGGAGGCUAGGGGCUGUUCGCGGCGCGCGGUGA